CACCAAUUACUAUAACAAAAGGAUUUUGAGCUUACCUUGUUAUUCUCGAUCCCUUUAUUGCUUCCUUUGAGCAAAUUCGUUUAUUUUUCUCUGUGAUCUUUCUUUUUCGUGCUGAGUAAAGAGUGGGAAGACGAGGAAAGGAUGUUUCUUUUGGAUUGGUUUUAUGGUAUAUUGGCGUCGUUGGGGCUGUACCACAAGGAGGCCAAGAUUUUGUUUCUGGGUCUCGAUAAUGCCGGAAAAACUACCUUGCUCCAUAUGCUCAAAGACGAGAGGCUGGUGCAACACCAACCAACUCAGUAUCCAACAUCUGAAGAAUUGAGCAUUGGGAAAAUUAAAUUCAAAGCUUUCGAUUUGGGCGGUCACCAGAUUGCUCGAAGGGUCUGGAGGGAUUAUUAUGCUAAGGUUGAUGCUGUGGUGUAUCUUGUGGAUGCGUAUGAUAAGGAAAGAUUUGCGGAGUCUAAAAAGGAGCUCGAUGCCCUUCUCUCAGACGACUCGUUGGCUAAUGUCCCCUUUCUCAUCCUCGGGAACAAGAUUGAUCUGCCCUAUGCAGCCUCGGAGGAUGAGCUGCGUUACUACAUGGGCUUGACGGGUUUGACCACAGGCAAGGGCAAAGUCGACCUUUCAAGCACAAAUGUUCGCCCCCUUGAGGUCUUCAUGUGCAGCAUUGUACGGAAAAUGGGUUAUGGUGAGGGCUUCCGGUGGAUGUCUCAGUACAUCAAGUGAUGCAUUGGGGCUAUCGAAAACAACUUUUUUUCACAUGUGAAAUAUCUUGUGUUCAGUUGAUGAAGUUGGUAACAUAGAUUGCAAAAGUGUGGGAUGUUUUUAAUUUAUUAUAUCUUGUCCUUGCCUUU